GUCGUGCGCUGGAACGACGGGUUCCGUCGGCCGGAGCAAUGAUGUCCUGUCUGGUGCCCAGAUGGACUGGGCAGUUCAUCUGGCGGCAGGUGGCUAGCACUCCUCAGCCUUCGGUGCAGUGGAGGCCCAGAGCACUUGUGCUGGGCAGCCCUGGGAGAGUUGAGAGCUCCUGCCCCCCUGUACGCAGGGCCAGCUCAUCCCCACCACCCAGCGUCCCUGAGGUGGCCCUGACCCAAGAGCGCUACCUGGUGCAGCGGCUGCCAUUCUCCACAGUGACUGCACAAGAUCUGGCUACCUUUGAACGCAUCAUUCCUGGCCGAGUGGUCACAGACCCGGAGCAGCUGGAGGCUUCAAACGUGGACUGGCUGAGGUCUGUCCGAGGCUGCAGCCAGGUGCUACUGAGGCCGUGCUCCACAGAGGAGGUUUCUCACAUCCUCAGUUACUGUCAUGAGAGGAACCUGGCCGUGAGUCCACAAGGGGGCAACACUGGCAUGGUUGGCGGCAGCGUCCCUGUGUUCGACGAGAUCAUCCUGUCCACUGCCCUCAUGAACCGAGUCAUUGGCUUCUAUGAUGUAUCCGGGGUCCUGGUGUGCCAGGCAGGCUGUGUGCUGCAGGAGCUGAGCAGCUACGUGGAGGAGCGUGGCUUUGUCAUGCCCUUGGACUUGGGAGCCAAGGGCAGCUGCCACAUUGGUGGCAAUGUGGCGACCAACGCCGGCGGCUUGCGGUUCCUACGCUAUGGCUCACUUCGGGGGACAGUGCUGGGCCUGGAAGUGGUGCUGGCUGAUGGUACAGUGCUGGACUGCCUAAGCUCCAUGCGCAAGGACAACACUGGCUACGACCUGAAGCAGCUCUUCAUUGGCUCGGAAGGCACCCUUGGGGUCGUCACUGCUGUGUCUAUCAGCUGCCCGCCCAAGCCCAAGGCUGUGAAUGUGGCCUUUCUUGGUUGUCCCAGCUUCGCAGAGGUUCUGAAGACGUUCAGCACCUGCAAAGCCAUGCUGGGCGAGAUCCUGUCUGCCUUCGAGUUCCUAGAUGCUGAGUGCAUGCAGCUGGUCACCCGCCACCUCCACCUCGCCUGCCCUGUGCAAGAAAGUCCUUUCUACAUCCUCGUCGAGACCUCGGGCUCCAGUGCAGGCCACGACACUGAGAAGUUGACGAACUUCUUGGAGCAUGCCCUGGGCUCUGGCUUGCUGACAGAUGGCACAGUGGCCACCGAUGAGAGAAAGAUUCGGACACUGUGGGCCCUGCGGGAACGCAUCACGGAGGCAUUGAGCCGGGAUGGCUGUGUCUACAAGUAUGACAUCUCCCUGCCUGUGGAGCAGCUCUACGACCUGGUCCCUGAGCUACGUGCCCGCCUGGGCUCCUGUGCCCGCCAUGUCGUGGGCUAUGGCCACUUGGGGGAUGGCAACUUGCAUCUCAAUGUAACAGCUGAGGCCUUCAGUGCAACACUACUGGGUGCCCUGGAACCCUACGUGUACGAGUGGACAGCGAGACAGCGGGGCAGCGUCAGCGCUGAGCACGGGCUGGGCUUCAAGAAGAAGGACAUGCUGGGCUACAGCAAGCCCCCGGCGGCUGUGCGGCUCAUGCAGCAGCUCAAGGCCCUCCUGGAUCCCAAGGGCAUCCUGAACCCCUAUAAGACACUGCCCGCCAGGGCCUGAUAUGACCGGUCAGCAGGGGGAGCACCCUUGCCCCUUUGCACCUCCUUGAUGUGGUCAGGCCAUAACCUGCUCUGUGUGGGGACACAACAGCCCAGGGGUCUGGGGACCGGCUCUCAGCCAUAGCUCUGGCCCGUCCUCCAAUCCCCCACUCAC